CUCUGCCAGCCCACAGACCGAGUGAAGAAGAAAUGUUUCCAAGUACAGCAGGAUGGUCUUUCCUGGCUUCUCAGUUUUGCAGUCUGUUGUUGUUUGAAACUUGUUUCCCAGGAGACUCUGGGAAAUGCAGGUGCAGGGGCCUGGAAGCAGCUGCUGUCUUCCUUUCUCUGGGCUGGGUACCUGCUCUCAAGUUUAUGUCCUGGGGCUGUGUGCUCAGACUUGACCAUGUUUGGGCAUGGAGGCUUGUCCCAGAUGGGGACCAAAGGCAGCUUCCCUGGAGACAGAGGCGGGCUGGGAGCCUGAACUUCCUACUGGAGCUCAGGAGGCCUCUUUUGGGGUGGGGGCCAAGGGCCGGGCAGAUAGAACUUGUCCGCCUGCUGAAGACUCCAGGGCGCGGGGGAGAUUAAAUGAACGCCGUCCCUGGUGGAAAUGGGGAAGAAGCUGGUGAUGGCCCAGAGGCGGGGAGAGACUCGAGCCCUUUGUCUGGGUGCAGCCAUGGUGGUGUGUGCCGUCAUCACAUACUACAUCCUGGGCACGACCGUGCUGCCUCUCUACCAGAAAAGUGUGUGGACCCAGGAAUCCACGUGCCACUUGAUUGAGACCAACAUCAGGGACCAGCAGGAGCUGGAGGGCAAGAAGGUGGCCCAGUACCCGUGCCUGUGGGUCAAUGUGUCUGCAGUGGGUCGGUGGGCUGUGCUGUACCACACGGAGGACACUCGGGACCAGAACCAGCAGUGCUCCUACAUCCCAGGAAGCCUGGACAACUACCAGAUGGCCCGCGCCGACGUGGAGAAAGUCAGAGACAAAUUCCACGAGCAUCAGGUUUUCUACUGCUUCUCGACGACUCAGGAGAAUGAGACGAGCGUCCUGUACCGGCGCCUCUAUGGGCCGCAGACCCUCCUCUUCUCUCUCUUCUGGCCCACCUUCCUGUUGACUGGCGGCCUCCUCAUCAUCGCUAUGGUGAAAAUCAACCAGUCCCUCUCCAUCCUAGCAGCGCAGAAGUAGACUCGUCCAUGCCACAGCACUGCUCGGGCCGCAGGGGACUGGGGGGACCCCAGGCUGUGCCCAUGCCUCUUCCUCCUGCCUUCCCACUCUGCCCCCUGCAGACCAUCCUGUCUGCCAUUGCAUGGCUGCCCUUUGUUAAGUCAGGUCCUGCUCAAGAAUGUACAAUGGCUCCCGAGGGCCCCAGAGCACACGAGACCAACCAGUGACAGCUCUCCAUGACCUGUCCUCACUCAACGAAUUCAAACCCAUGUCCUGCUGCACCACUAACUGCCCACAGACGAUGAUUCUUCCUCUGCCGUGGUUGGCUCAAAGGCCUGUCUGUCUUGCCCAAAAUGCCGUCCCUGGCAAAGUCCCUUCUUUGAAUUUCAUAAGGAAUCCAGCAGCGGCUCCCAUGUAUACAGCACAUUUAGAAUAUCUCUUGCUUUUAGGUCACUAAGUGCCAUAUAUAUAUAUAUAUAUAUAUAUAUAUAUAUAUAUAUAUACAUAUAUACAUAUAUAUAUGUAUAUACAUACACACACACACACACACACACAUAUACAUUUAAUCCAAUAUUAACAAACAUAUAAAAAAUAACAAGAGGAAAAGUGUUGCAACCGUGGAAUCCACUGGUGCCCUCAGGCAGGUCAGGGAUCUGAGAGGUGGGUAUUUAGAAUCAGCACCAACACCUGUCACGUCCAACCAGAGCCUUGAUGCUUCCCCACACCUUCCAGGCCCUUAUCUGCGGACAUUCCUUCCCAGGGGACACAGCACAUCGUUCCCACAGUCUCUCUCUCUCCGGGGUCAGGGCAGUGAAAAGUCCUCCCAGUGUUUUAAGACCAACUGUCAUAUUGUACUAUCUUUCUGCAAGGUGUCGCCAUUGGGGGAAUUAGGUAACAGGUACGUGGGAUCUCUUUAUUAUUUCUUAUAACUAACGGCAGGUGAAUCUGCAAUUAUCUCAGAAACUCAAGUUUAAUUUUAACAAGAGAAAAAAGAGGAAGUCCUUGCCAUGAGGCUCAAUGAUAGAGGCUCCUUUGCCCAUGGUUUUCAUGCACCUGCAUUUAGGGCAACAAUAUGCAGAAACUCAGAAUAUCCAGGGGGGAAGCCAUAUCCCCCUAGAAAGCGUGGUUCCUGGGGAUGCCCAGACCACUGUCCCACGCGUUAUUGCCAUGACCUUCGUUCACGUGAAGCAAAUACCCUCCUGCCAACAGGGAUUGGCCUUCUUCUGUCAGAUCCCACACGUGCCUGCUGCUCACAGAACAUCAUGCGCAGGACGAGCGUGAAAUAAUGGGCAUUUGCGCGUGAUGGACACUGAGGCAAAAUGUUUUUUUGGAAUAAUGGCUGCCUGGGCACAGAGAGCCCUCAUUAGUUCUUAAUAAAUCACUCUGCUAAUGAGUGUCGAGUUCUCGCACUGUUUUUGCUUUUCGUCCCGUGGACAGGUGACUCACAUCUGGAGAGGAGUACGUGCGUCCAGCGCCAUGUCCCUCCCUGGGAACUCAGACAGGAAAGGGGGUGGGGAGGGCAGAGAUGGCUGAGACCCAGCCUCCGCCUUCACGGAGCUUCUCAUCUGCUUGCCGCUCUCCCUCCCUGACCCCUCCCCACGAUAUUAAGAUCUUCCUUCCUCACAGCACAGGACCUAAUAUAUGCAAAUUCAACAUAGGCAAUACAAAAUAUCCAUCAAUCCUCAUUCUUGUGACAUGCAAAUGAUGCCAGCCCCUCCUCUCUCGGAACCAACAAGUCAUCCAAACUUUCUCCUAAUUUCAAAACUCCUUGCGUGAGUGGUUUGUAAACGGCAUUCACCCUAUUGCUAACUGGCAGUGCAGCCUGGUGCACAAGGAUAUCCGACGUCCUUUAAAUUAGCCUUGCAUUGGGGCGAGUUUGAAUUAUAUGAAAUAUCUGCAGAGGUACUGUUUGAACCAAGUUCAGCUGUCCUGGACCUCACAGACACUGUUCUUUCACAUGGAGGGACAAGAGGAAGAGCAAAGGCAGAUCAGAAAGGCACAGACAUUCACACAGUGCAGCACAGCGUUUCUCAAAGUGGGACCUUCCAGGGUCAAAACUCUUUUCCUAAUAAUGCUAAGAUGCGACUCGCCUUUUCCACUCUCUUUCCCUUUCCAGCACACGGAGAACUUUUCAGACUUUAUAUCACAACAGAAUGACUGCAGAAGCAGAUCUGAGAAUUUAGAUGUCUUCUAGUAAGCCAGCAAUGAAAGAGAUUUGCAAAAAUGUA